UCCCUGACUCAAUCAGCCACCUGAAUUGAAGCACCUUUGGGAUGUUCUUAUGCAGUGACUAUAGUGGCAGCAAGGGUGCCCUUGACAUGUAUAACAAUGCUGGCAAGUUCAUGGACCUGUAUGUGCAGCAGAAAUGCUCUGCAAGCAACCACAUCAUCAGUGCCAAGGACCACAGGUCCAUCCAGAUGAACAUAGCCAAGACUGACAAGGUGACAGGUAAGUUCAAUGGUGUGCAUCCCCUCAAUGGUCAGUUUGAAACCUUUGCUAUCUGUGGGGCCAUUUGCAGGAUGGGUGAGUCAGAUGACUCCAUCCUCUGA